AUGGACCUUAACCAUGCAUUGAUCACAGUGUUGGUGGAUAUAUGGCGGCCGGAGACACACUCAUUUCACUUGCCCCAUGGUGAGAUGACCAUCACGCUACAAGAUAUGGAGGUUAUAAUGGGAGUACCUGUAGAUGGCUUGUUGGUGGUGGGAUAUACCCAAAAGGACAAUUGGGGCGAACUCUGCAACGACUUGCUAAGGCAUAGGCCGCUGAACAAAGAAGUCGGUGGUAAUAAGAACACUGUAGUGAUGGAAGGGCUGAGGGUAAAAGCCAAAUGGCUUGAGAAGCGGUUUAGCAACCCUUUCCCGACUGACACCAUUAAGGUGCUUGUGCAGCAACAUGUUCAGUUUUACAUACUGGGGAUGUUUGGUGGUAUGGUGUUUAUGGACAAGUUUGGUGAACAAGUCUCAAUUAUGUAUCUGCAAUUUUUCAAUCCAAUCAGCAACGGAAAGAAUUAUAGUUGGGGUAGUGCAGUACUAAGUUGGCUAUAUAGACACCUCUGUAAGGCAUUAGAGAAGACAACCAAGCAAAUUGGCGGUGCACUGCUAUUGGUGUAG